AUGGCGACGUGCGCGGUCCGUGUUGAGCCCACUGCUGAUGGAGGUUCUACGAUUCGUCUGGAGACUUUCACGCACACUGCUCCGCACUCUGCGCCGACGUACGAUUGUCCUCCUGCAACCCGCCAAUAUCGUUUCGGUCCCGGAAUCGCCGGCGCAUCUGUUUAUUGUGGCGUCCUUCUCAAUCGUGGGGUGGUGUUCAACAAGUACGACCAAGGCGGACGCAAGCCACAUUCACGCUUGAGGCUGCAUCUUGGCGACAGCGUGCACACCAAGAGAGGGAGUGUGGGUCCGUUUGCGCGUACCUGCAUCAAUUCAGGGACACAGUACGGAGUACCCGUGUUCCAGAAGCGGACAGAGAGAUGCGAUUCGAUAUGUCGCACUUUGGCGACGAACUCAUCGGACGACUGGGUGGGCAAUCAUCUUGAAGUCUGGAACCUAACAUUGACAGACCGGACACGGAUGAGGCGCAAACAGCCCAACGGGAUACUUACUUGCCCUGAACCAUCAGGACAAUCGGCCGUCGUCGCGAUGUGUACGGAGAGAGAUGAGCAAACUGGUCUGGCUUAUUACACCGUACCUCCGUUCUGA